AUCACAAUCCCACCUUGUCACAACGAUUUAGGGUCAGCGCCUCCUCAGACGGGAAGGUGCUGCUCUCUCUCUCUCUCUCUCUCUCUCUCUCUCUCUCUCGCCGUGGACCCCCCCUCUCUCUCCCCCUCCUCCACCUCCUCUUCCUCCCCUCUAUCAGUAUCUCCCUCCCACUCUAUCUCGGUGUUUUAUGUCUGCGUCACAACAAGUCGGCGGAGAGCGCAAGGCAGGGAUGAUGGCGUCUCUGGCGGCUUGAUUCCGGUGCUGGUCUGACAAAACCCGCCUUAAUAGCAUCAAUAGAAGGGGGGGGGAGAGAGGAGGGUGUAAGAGACGGGGACAUGACGAAACGGCACAGCGGAGGACGGACAAACUAGGCUGAGAGACGGACGGACAGUCAGUCAGUCAGUCGCCUUCCUCCCCCCCCUCCACUCCUCCUCCUCCUCCUCCUCCACCUCAUCCUCCUCCUCGUCUUGACUGACACACACAGGCGCUUGGCACAGACAGGGACAUACAUGCACAUCAUCCACUUUUUGCAAACACACACAGGCUGCGCAUCCGAGCGGGCAGUAAUUGGGCAUUGGAGAUCCACAGCAGAUGAGGGCAUUUCAUGUCCAGGCUGCCCAGGAAUCACUGUGACCCCGACGGAAAGGAGUUCGACUUGACAGGAUGGGGAGAGUAAGUGAAGGAGAUGAUGUGUUGGCUCGAUGGAGUGAUGGACUACUGUACCUCGGCAAUGUGAAAAGAGUAGAUGGAGUCAAGCAAUGUUGUCUGGUGAGAUUUGAGGACAACUCUGAGUUCUGGGUGCUGAGGAAGGACAUUCACUCGUUCGCUGCUGGAGUGGAAGACGUUUGCUGUAUUUGUGACGCUCCACCUCUUAAAGAACCCCUCAUAAACUGUCUUAAAUGUCGCCAUGGUUAUCAUCCAGAGUGCCACACGCCAACCAUCGAACCGGAAGCCGACAGUGAUUCGUGGAUAUGUCGGCAAUGUGUCUUUGCCGUCUCAACCAAGAGAGGAGGGGCGCUGAAACGGGGACGCUUCGCCCGCCUAAUGCAGUUCAUGAAGCUCAGGCUCCCGUACCAGCUGUCGUCUUUAGACUGGGACCCGCAGCAUCUGACCAAUCAGCAGCAGUGUUACUGUUACUGCGCCGGACCUGGAGAGUGGAAUCUGAAGAUGCUGCAGUGUGGGAGCUGUGGUCAGUGGUUCCAUGAGGCCUGCACACAGUGUCUAACCAAGCCAUUACUCUAUGGAGACAGGUUUUAUCAGUUUCAGUGCUCGGUGUGUACAAAGGGACCAGAGACCAUCCAGAGACUACCCAUGACCUGGGUGGAUCUGGCUCAUUUAGUCCUCUACCAUCUCUCGCUUUGCUGCAAGAGGAAAUACUUUGAUUUUGACCAUGAAAUCCUGUCCUUCACCAAUGAGAAUUGGGAGUCGUUGCUCCUAGGCGGGCUUUCUGACACGCCAAGGCAAGACCGCUGUCACAAUCUCCUCAACGCGCUGAACUCCCACAAGGACAGGUUUGUCUCUGGAAAGGAGAUCAAGAAGAAGAAGUGUCUUUUUGGACUCCAGGUCCGAGCCCCACCUCCGCUGACGUCCGAUUCCUCGCCCCUCAUCACUGACCCACCUAUCAACAUCACACACCGGAGAAGCCCAUUGUCACUACCCUGCCAGAGGAGAGUGGGGGGGCCGGAGUCGCGUAAAUCAAAGCGUCGCAUCAUAGAGACACAGCCUUGUCCACCCCCAGUAGCUGCCAACCCCAUUGAGCUGCUGCCAUGUUGCCAUGGCUACGUGGGAGGGGCCAGCCUUUACAACUCCAGGAAGUCAGAGGAGGAGCUCAGUUUGAGCCCUCCUCCCAAGCGGAUGUACGCGCUGUACCACACCACCUACAACGGAAACAACACACUCUCCAGGAGUCUUCAUCACUACAACAGCACGGAGGACACCUGCAGAGUACCACCCCCCUGCUUCCCUUACCCCCACAACUCAAACGGCAGCCACCACCACCACCACCACCUCCACCAGCACCAUCACAGCCACCAACACAACCAUCAAAACAACCACCAACACAACCAUCAACACAACCACCAACACAACCAUCAAAACAGCCACCAACACAACCACCAACACAACCAUCAACACAGCCACCAACACCAACACCAGACGGGGCAGAAGCAGCUGGAGCCAGCCAUCCUACGCGACCUGCCUCCUUACCAACCUGCCAUGGGCGGAGGUGGUGGCGUGGGCGAUGGAGGUGGAGGCGGAGGAGGUGGUGACGGUGGAGGAGGGGGGGGCGGAGGAGGAGGGAUGGCGGUCGCUGGGAGUGACGGGACAGUGUCGAGGAGCUGGGGAGGAGGAGAGGCAGUGAGGAUUUUGGCGAGGCGUGUCACACCGGACGGGAAGGUGCAGUACCUGGUGGAGUGGGAGAACGUGAGUUUGUACUGACACGGACGGAGCAAACACGAGACGCAAUGACUGUUUCGCCACAGGAAUACUGUGUAUGUAACAUGUGGCAGUGUUUAAAGUACAAACAGGACGAAAAGAAAAAACAAGAACCUUCAUGUUGCGAAUCCAGGUUUCUCUCAUAGUACCACCUCAACUGAACGUCACUAUAGCUCACUACUGGUUCCUAAAUGUCCCUCUUUGCUGGUGUUUCUCUGAUAUUUGUACUGUUAACUUUGGAAUAUGCCUUUUGCAUUUAUCACGUUUUACUGUGAUGAGGAAAAAUACUAAAACCUCCUGAUGAUUCUUAAGUCUCUGGGCCACACCCUGAAGAAAAGGUCUUAUAAGGUCUUAUUGUACAACUACAGUAUGUUGAUUUAGAGCAAAGAAAGCAACAAUAUAAGAAAUUAAAAAAGAAGUGUAUGCUAUAAAAGUGUUACUAAAUGGGAAAAGUGAGUCAAAUUAAGCGUGUUAAAUUUUCUGUUUGUUACAUUUCACAAUUUUAAAUGUGGAUUUAUUUUUAAUUGCUUUCCUCCUGCCUCUGGUCUUUACCAUUGACUGCAUAUGUUCUGGACAGCAUGUCUUCAUUUCCACCCUCUGUGAGAUAAGAAGCUAAAAGGCCGCCUCCCUGGGUGCUGACAGAUUGCACUGGUGCAACUAAGGCAGGCUAACCAAAAAAACACGUGUUACACUUCCAGAAAAAAAAUACACAUCAGGUCGAUAUAGUCCACAGCAAGACAUUCUUGUGUUGGUUUGAAGCAAACAUGCAUGGCUUGGAAAGUUUAAUAUCUCUAUAUCUUGUGUUACAUUUGCUCCACCUGUUCUUCUUGUACUCUGCUAAUCCAGUACAGAACGCUGCUGGAGCCUGCUUUUGUCAACAGAGCUGUCAGUCAUGAGGCCACAUCCCCUAUUUUUAAUGUCAAAUACCUAAUUAAAACUAUUAUUGAACACUGGACAUAAAUCAGCAUGAUAAGAACUAUAAUGACAGAAACAUGUUUGAGUAAAUGUAUUUGACAUGUAUUUAAUUCUUCUACUUUGAUCCUCGCUCCAUCUGUUAGAAUGAAGGUGGCAGGGUUCAGGCCCUAUACUGCAGCCUGACAGCAGGGGGAGCUCUAAAUCUUUUGGAUUCACAUUUAGUCAACACUUCCAUUUUAAUAUACAGUCUAUGGUCCUGACAAUGUGAAACCAGAAACAGUGAAAAUGUGUUGCUUAUUUAGCUGAUCUAACUCAUGCGUAAAGUAGCGGUAAGCAGUGUUAGCAUUCCAGUGGGGAAAAAACUCCCAAUUCUCCCUUUGCUACUUCGACCUCUCUUCUAAACCCCUGCAAACAUGCAUGCAAACACAGGUCACUAGAAGCCGGAUGAUGCAAGUUUAUGCAGAGAUUGGCUAGUUAUGUGCAAGCUAAACCUGUAUGGUUAUUUGAUUCAGACCGGGCGAUUAUUUGAAAUGCUUAAUACAAAGAAGCAGGAGCAUUUUAAGUAACAUCUCAAUAAUCACACUUUUAAAAACCUAAUGAGACCUGUUGAUCUAAUUGGAUUAACAUGUUUGUCUUUUAUAUGUUUGCUGCACAAAAAAACACAAUAGGUUGAUUCAUUUUGAGACAAUUCGAAAGAUAAAUCCACUCGCAGGCCACCAAACUGUGACGUCAAUCGACAGCUUACAUCGUGGUUGCUUUGUUGGUCUCCUAAAUGUUUCCGUUUAGGUGACGUCAGUGUUGAGCUGUUUUAAUUCUAAGGCGGGCACAGUCUAAAAAAAGCACUCAUGGGUCACAUCUCCCACCAUGCAAUUGUUUUAGCUCCUCUCUCGCCUCAUUUGAGCCACAGCCUGUGUCAAAAUUCAAACAGUUCAAUGGAUGUCACUCACACAGGAAACAUUUUGGGGAGACAGAGUAACAAAAGAGGAGCAACCAAUUGAUGUCACAGUAAGCAGUGAUGAUGGCCUAUAAAAGGAUUUGUUUUUCAAAUUUCUUAUUAAUCUUUUGUGUUUUUUGGACAAAAUAAGUAUAAAGGAUAACAAUUUUACUCCAGUGAGGUCAACAUGACUCAUGAGGAGGGGUCCUUUAAAAAUUCUCAUGGAAUAAAGUUGCCUACUGUAGCUUUAAUGUUCACUUAGAGAUCAGUGAGCCCAGAUGAGAGCUGGUUGGUGACCACUGGCUUCUUAUAUGAAAGCUGUUUUCCUUUAUUGGCCAUGAAGACAGAUAACACAACUGCUGGUUUUAAAGCUUUUUUAUUUCAUCAUCAGGCGGAGGUUUUAGUAUUUUUUCUCAUUGCGGUAUGUUAUUAAGAGAUUGUAAACAUGUUAUUACGGGAGUUACUUAUUUGUUUCGUUAGAUUUUGUCAUGAUUUGAAUUUAGACUACUGUAAGUAUUAGAAAUAGGAGCCACAAGAGGGCUUUUGUUUUAUAGAUAGAAUUAUAUAUUCACAAUAUAUUGCUAUGAUCGAAUACCUUUAUUUUAUUUUUUUGACGUGGUUGCAUAGUGCCUAUAUGGGUUGUGUACCUGCUGAUUGGUCAGCUGACCUACGCAGACCAAUCAGGUGACAGGUGGGUGAGUGAGGUCAUAUUACUGUAAAUUAGAAAGGAUGGUUUUUGUCUAGAUUACUGAUAUACAACCGAGUUACAAUGUUUUUUUUUAAAUCAGAACAGACUGUGAUGUUACUGUACAUUCCAACAAACAACAAAAAAGACUUGUAUAUGCUUUAGAAACGUCUGUUUGGAGUCACCAGAAUGGAAAUUAUUUUGAAAGAAUGUUUUUCGUUUUGUUUGUUUUUGAUGAAUGUUAUUUUUCAUAAAGAUCAGCCUAAAGUCCGGCCACUGUUCAGCUUGAUGUCGUAGGGGCAGCCAAUACCAAACGUCAGAAUGCUGGGGAACAAAACCCAAACCUUUAAUUUACACAUCUUUUUUUAGCACUCAAUGUUUCAUUAACAGAACAAUUCUAUAAGAGGCUAAAUAAAUGCAGUAAAAUCUGGUGUAUAAGAUGCACUUUUAACCCCUUUUAUCAUCUAAAAAAGCCCAAACAUCUCAACAUAGAAUACUUCAAGGUGUAACAGUCAAUAAUCUUAAUGAUAAUGCAUUGAAAUAACUCAUUCCUUCAAGGCCUGACUGAUCUCCUCAGCUGUAUUUAUAGAGACAAGUGAUGUGCUGCAGUUGGAUUUUAUCUUUGUGCAAACAGGUUACAUUAAUCUAGAAUACUGUGGUGCAAGUUCAGAGUUUAUAUUUUAUACAGAGGUUUAUUUCAGCAACUUCUUCGAUAUAACAGACACAAUGUAUACUUUUGCAGUUUUGUCUUAAUAAUAGACUGUAGAACAUCUUUAGUUUAAAAAAAAGAACACUAGACUAAAACAGAGUUCAUACUGUUCAAAUCAAACCAAUGCAAAACUCAGAUUUUCUUUCAAACCUCUCUGAUGAAUCUCCUGCACUUUUGCAUCCAUUUCAGGACAGUGAAAUGAUGUACCAUUUCCAUCCUCCUCAGUGACUUUCUGACUGUAGUUUAUUAGGAAGAGGUGUCUCUCUAGGCGAUGGUGAUGAAUGUAUUUGUGUGUUUUCUAUGGUACGUCUCUACCCGUCAAGUGCUUGUUCUAGGUCGUACUCUUGGUGGAACAAAACCAGACUAGUUUCAAACUUAAUAGGAGGAAAACAAACAUCAACAUUGAGGAACAACAGUUUAUUUUGAGAGAGGUAGUUUUCUUUUUUUCUGAUUAGAAGUCAAGUCCAAGUUCAGUUUGAUGUAUUUUUGGAGAAAUUAUGUUUGUACAUGUAUAAUCUGCGUUGACACUUAAUAUGUAACAUGAAUAAUAAAAAAUGUUUCACCUCG